AUGCACCUUGCAGUAGUGGCCUGUGGGGAUAGACUUGAGGAGACACUGGUCAUGAUCAAAUCUGCUCUUAUUCUCUCCAGAAAUGCAAUUAAGGUCCACAUAUUUGCAGAAUAUGAUCUUCAUCUAGGUUUCAAGCAACAGUUGGAUAAGUGGAUGGCAGCUUCUCAGGGCACAUUUACUUACCAGCUUUACCCUAUCACAUAUCCAGAAAAUUACAAUGUUGAAGAAUGGAAGAAGAUAUUCAAACCAUGUGCCACUCAGAGGUUAUUUUUACCAUAUGUCAUGAAAGAUGUUGAUUCUUUGCUGUAUGUGGACACAGACAUUUUGUUUAUGCGACCUUUUGAUGACAUCUGGAGCUUCUUCAAAGAGUUUAACUCCAGCCAUAUAGCAGCCCUUGCACCUGACUACAUGGAUGGAGAAGCAAGCUGGUACAAGAUAGUUGCUGUGCAUACAUACUAUGGACGAUUGGGAUUGAAUUCUGGUGUGAUGUUGAUGAACUUGACUAGAAUGAGAAGGUUUCCAUGGAUAGAACUGGUCACAAAAUUUUAUGAGGUGUACAAGCUCAAUAUUCCUGUGGGAGACCAAGAUAUCAUAAAUAUUAUAUUCCAUUUUCAUCCAGAUAAACUAUUUGAGUUAACAUGUGAUUGGAAUUAUAGACCAGAUCACUGCAGGUUCAUGAGUGUUUGCAAAGUUGGUGAAAGAGAGGGAAUUUCUGUGGUCCAUGGUAACAGUGGAGUGUAUCACAAUGACAAACAGCCAGUGUUUAAAGCAGUGUAUGAAGCCUUUAGGCAGUAUAAUAUUGGAGAUGAUCCCAGGACCAGACUUUUACAGCAAAUGAGGGAGAAUAUUGACAAAGGACCCAAUAGUAAAUGUGGAAAUGUCAAACAGAUAGAAAAGCAAAUAACAGUGUUUGAAGAGAGAACGAAGUUAACUUAUUCAUAG